AGGGGGACAUGGAAGAGAUAGCAGCAGCCGCUUAACGCAGCUCAGCGGCGGGCAGGAGGAGGACGGACACCGCGCUGCACCUGCCACCCAGGCAGGGAGAAGAGGAGCACCAUCAGCUGGUGCCUUAAACUUUCCCCAAAGUUUCGGUUCCAGCUGCGUGCGUAAAAACCGGGAGCAUGCGUCCAAAACACUCGGCGAGCUUCCUUUCGUGGGUGAAGCUGCUGUGAAGAGUUUAGAGAAAGUUUCUAAAAGCAAAGCGAGUUGAGGAUUUCUGUCGCCUGCAGACUGAGACUGAAGUGAUCCCGGCCCGGCUCGGUCGGGUCCGGCUCAGCGGAAAAAUGCCUCGCCCGGGGAGGAACACAUACAGCGACCAGAAGCCUCCGUACUCUUACAUUUCCCUGACGGCCAUGGCCAUCCAGAGCUGUCCGGAGAAGAUGCUCCCACUCAGCGAGAUUUACAAGUUCAUCAUGGACCGGUUCCCGUACUACCGUGAGAACACACAGCGGUGGCAGAACUCCCUGCGCCACAACCUCUCCUUCAACGACUGCUUCAUCAAGAUCCCUCGCAGACCGGACCAGCCCGGUAAGGGCAGCUUCUGGGCUCUGCACCCCAACUGCGGCGACAUGUUUGAGAACGGGAGCUUUCUGCGGCGCAGGAAGCGCUUCAAGGUGGGCAGCAUGCAGGCCGCGGACCCGCUGGCCGCCAGCAAGCCCCAGGAUGCCGCGCACUACCUGCAGCAGCAGGCCAAGCUGCGGCUGAGCGCGCUGCACGCCGCCGCCCACCUCCCGCAGAUGCCGGCCGGAUACAACCUGAGCUCCGUGUCUCAGCCGUCCGGCUUCAAACACCCGUUUGCUAUCGAGAACAUCAUCGCCAGAGAGUACAAGAUGCCCGGCGGGCUGGCGGCCUUCUCCGCCCCCGGGUACCCGCUGCACAACCAGCUGACCCCGGCCUGGCCGCAUAUGUACGGUUCCGGGAUGAUGGACACCGCGGCCCCCAUCUCCAUGGCCGCCAGCGACUACUCGCCCUACGGUAUGCCGCUGAAAUCUAUCUGUCACGGCGGGCAAACUCUACCCGCCAUCCCGGUCCCGAUCAAACCCUCGCCCGCCUCGGUGCCUGGUUUGCCGGGACUGCCCACGCACAUCCCGGCUUUCCUCGCGAACUCACCCCAGUCUCUGAGCCCCACCUCCCCGCAGACAGCCACCGGCCAAAGCAGCCCGGCCGCGCCCGGAGAAGCGCUGCCGUCCGCGGCCUCCGCAGCGCUGCAGUCUGCGGUGGCAGUGCACUGACGGGAAUCUUUUAUAAACUGCUUAUAAACUCCGAAGCAGCCGAAGAUUCGCUUCAUUAAUGAUUUUAGGCAAACAGAAGAAACAGCAGGCUGACCUCUGACCUCCAGAAAAAUCAUCCAAACGAUCAAAUCUGUUUUCCACAGAUGUCAGAAACUUCCUCCUUCACCCAGACUGAGUUUGGUGGAUCCUGCAGAGACAAACGAUCCGGAUCUUUUGUGUUUGCAGCCUUUUGUUCUCAGACUCAGAUUAAUGAAGUUUCUUCCUCUUCAGCCGCUCUGCUUCUGCCCCCAAAAUAAAGUGAACCUAAAAGGAGGUGAAUUUGAUCCCAUCUCUAAAAGUUUUUCCACCCUUUUAUUGAACCUCAGAGGAAAAUCUGCAGCCUGUGAUAAACCAAAUAUGUCCCUCUGUUUCCUCCUCUCUAAACUGAGAUUAUUUUGUGAUAAUCAAUAUGAACAAUCGCAGAAAUGAGACUUUAAAGCAUAUAUUUAUGUCACAGUUUAAAGAGGAAUCCCACAGGAGAUCUGAAAGCAAGGAUCUGAUGCACUUUUUAAAAAGUAGAUGUUUUUAUUGGUCGUGCUGGUUUCCUUUAAAGCUUUGCUGUUUGUGUAUUCGUACUGCUGCAUGCUCCUCCUGUGUGAACAGAAAAUAAUCCAGUGUAUGUACAUUUUUUUAUUUUGGUCUUUUUUAUGAUUAAGUUCAUUUUGGAGGCAUUGAAAGCAUGAACAUGACUAAUGGGCUUUUUAUUCCCUUCGCUGUGUCUGCUCAUCCAGAUCUAUUAAAGAAACC